GAAUAUCAAGAUAUUUUUGAAUUUCCAUAUUUCAACAUCAUUCAGUCUAUGGUAUUUGAUGAUAUCCAUAUAUUAAAUGACAGUAAUCGAGGAGCGACAGUCGAGGCUGUACUCAGUAGAAUGAAGACCUUGAUAAUCUCAGAUAAAAACUCUGAUAAAAUUCCCAUGAGAUUUGUAGCUGUUUCUGCCACCAUACCCAAUAUUCAAGAUCUAGCUGAAUGGUUAGGAAGAUCUAAUGUACCAGCUCUGAGUUAUAAACUAGAAGAGAAAUAUCGUCCAGUAAAACUACAGAAGAUAGUGUUGGGAUACCAUCAUAAAGAGGGAGAAUCAGAGUUUAAAUUUGAUAUUAAUCUGAAUUAUAAAUUGAAGAAUAUUAUAGAUACCUAUUCUAAUGGCAGACCUACAUUAGUGUUUGAUUCUACAGCCACAGCGGUUAUUAUGACUAAAACAUCUUCCAAGUCUAAAUAUGAAUCAGUUGUUAAUGGUACUCAGACUAUUGAAAGCAGCUUACAUAAGAAUUUAAUAGAACAUCUGAAUGCUGAGAUAGUUCUACAUACUAUAACUGAUAUGGGACUAGCUGUAGAAUGGAUAAGACAUACAUUUCUUUACGUUAGAAUCAUGAAAAACCCCAGCCAUUAUGAGUUAUGUUUAAAAAGUAUCAACUCACUGGCAGCAUUAAACCUUGUGAAACUGAAUGAAGAAACACUAGAAAUAGAAUCUACAGAGACUGGUCGACUAAUGGCGAGAUAUUGUAUAGCCUUCGACACCAUGACUAAAUUCCAUGAUAUAAAGGGAGACGAGAAUAUUGAACAAUUGUUAACCAUUACGACCACCUGUCAAGAAUUUCAAGAUGUAACAUUACGACAAACAGAAAAAACAGCAUUGAAUCAGUUGAAUAAAGAUAAACAAAAGGAAUGUAUCAGGUAUCCUAUGCAGGGCAAGAUUAAGAAUAAACAGAUGAAAGUAAAUUGCCUUGUACAAGCAUCGUUUGGUUGUCUACCAAUACACGACUAUUCUUUGACUAAUGAUGUCACUAAAAUAUUCAGAGUGGGACAAAGAGUUGUUAAAUGUUUGUUUGAGUUUCUGUGGCAGAGGAAGGAAUAUAAAGCUCUAGUUUCAGCCAUUCAGUUGUCUAAAUGUUUUAAACAGAGAUUAUGGGAAGAUUCUAAAUAUGUCACAAAACAACUAGAAAAGAUAGGGACGACUAUAUCUCUGGCACUAGCUACAGCAGGUCUCACUACCUUCCAUAAGCUCAGUCAGACUAAUCCACGAGAAAUAGAACUUAUAGCCAAUCGUCAUCCACCAUUUGGUAACCAAGUGAAAGAGGCUGUUGCUAGUUUACCUAAAUACCAGUUGGCUAUUGAACAGGUAAUACAACAAUAA